UGUGUAAUCCGAGCAAGCGGACUCGGGCAACCUCAGCUGCCGUGCAGCGCUUUGAGUAGCGUGGAGAGAAGGGCUGCCUCUCGCCCCCCACUCCUUUCUUUCCUUCCCUCUUUCUUUUUUGCUUCCUCUCCUCUCGAGCUCCGGGAAAAUCCGGAAUAUUUGCACCCUCCCCCUUUCUUUUUUGUUUUGCUGCGGGUCUUCCAAAAAAGCGUGUGGAGGUUCUAGUCCGCACCAGUCUGGCCCGUGCGUUCCGACUCCAGCCGCAGCUUUGCAGCGAAUUUUCUUUCCCUUUUUUUGCAAGGAAAAGGAGGGGGGGGGCAAAAACUCAGCCUUCCGAGGCGUGCCCUUCAGUGUUCUCUCGCUUCUGGGAAAUCACCAUGGACAGAAAACAAGAUCCCAAGAGACCAGUGAAAAAAAGUAAGUUAGUAAAGAAGCCAAGGCCUCCUAACAUUACAAUUCCACCGGUCAUCAGGCAGCCUUCUGUCCCCCUGACGCCUCCAAGGAACUUGGAUUCUCGGACUUUUAUUACCAUUGGUGAGAGAGAGUUUGAAGUGGAGGCUGAUGACCUUGUGAGCAUUUUGGAACUUGGACGAGGCGCCUACGGCGUGGUGGAAAAGGUGUGGCAUGAGCAGAGCGGGACCACCAUGGCCGUGAAGAGAAUCCGGGCCACUGUGAACACUCAGGAACAAAAGAGACUAUUGAUGGAUUUGGACGUCAAUAUGCGGACAGUCGAUUGCUUCUAUACAGUCACUUUCUACGGUGCUCUUUUUCGAGAGGGAGAUGUAUGGAUCUGCAUGGAGCUGAUGGACACGUCUUUAGAUAAGUUCUACAAAAAGGUCCUGGAGAAGAAGAAAACAAUCCCAGAAGAUAUAUUGGGGAAAAUUGCCGUGUCUAUCGUCCGAGCCCUGGAGCAUCUACACAGCAAACUGUCAGUGAUUCACAGAGAUGUGAAGCCAUCCAACGUCCUAAUCAAUAAGGAAGGACAUGUGAAGAUGUGUGAUUUCGGCAUCAGUGGCUAUUUGGUGGAUUCUGUUGCAAAGACAUUGGACGCCGGUUGCAAACCAUACAUGGCUCCAGAGAGGAUAAACCCAGCGCCAGAUGUGAUCCAAAAGGGAUACAAUGUGAAAUCAGAUGUCUGGAGCCUUGGGAUUACCUUGAUCGAGCUAGCCAUCCUCCGGUUCCCUUACGACUCCUGGAGGACCCCAUUCCAGCAGCUCAAACAGGUGGUGGAGGAGCCUUCUCCCCAGCUUCCCACGGAUCGCUUCUCCACGGACUUUGUAGACUUCACGGCACAGUGUUUGAAGAAGAAUCCUGCGGAACGAAUGAGCUACUUAGAGCUUAUGGCCCACCCGUUCUUCACCUUGCAUGACACCAAAGUGACCUCCAUGGCUUCCUUUGUGGUAGAAAUCCUAGGAGAAGACUCUUAAAUUUUCACAGACCUUGCUGUCGAACACAGAAAAACAGCACAGCGUCAUCCUGGCUGGCCCUGUUGAGGAGAGAAGGAAAUAAGGACUUUAGCAUUAAUGGUGAUUUGCACAAAACUGAAUGAAUGUCUUUGACGCACCCCCAUCCCCCAGCCAGGCUUGUAGGCAUCUUCUUGGACUCCUGAUUUUUUUUUUAAAAGAGAGGCCUCUGUGCAUGACAUGGUAUCUAUAAAUAGAAGUCAAGUUAUGGAGUAUAGCCACGCACAGUGUGUUGUGGGGGGACUGGUCUGUGCCUGGGACAGGCGCUCUUCUCGACGCCACCUUUUGGUCGUGCCUGUGAAUUAAUGUGCAGUGCUCCUUUUCAGGGGCAGUUUACUUGAACUGGGUUUGCAGAAAACAGGCGCUUUGGAAGUGCACUUGCCGAGGCAUGACAAAUGCCCAUGGGCAGCUGCCAUGAUUUGAUCUGUGCAGUCAGCAGUCUUGGCCUGUUCUGGUUCUGUUUGUGAAAGGGGGUUAGAUGGGGAUUGCAGCCCCCUCCCCAAAUGCUUCUUUAUGUAAUGCUCCUCCCUGCCCGUAGAAAACUAGCACUAAAAGGAUGUCUAGCUGAAACCUCCUCUUCCCCUUUUGUUUGGAUGUACUAAUAUGUUUGCUUGUUUUACACUGAUGCUCAUUGAAGAUGUGGCUUCUUUUUAUUCCAAGAAGGUAGCUGCCACAUGAUUGUGUGGAACCAUGUGGCUUCCCUCUUAGGCACCUGCCUCCUCCUAUUUUUUUAACAAGCCUUCCAGCUGCUGCUCAGCUGGAUUUUCGUUUUGGUCCGCAAACCUGGUCUAAACGGAGCUCUUUACAACUAACCUCUAAAUCUCUUUAGUGGAGGGUGUGUUUGGAUGAAUGGCUGAAUCCAUUCCCAGACUGCAGAAGUAAUUGCCAAGGAGCGAUUCCUUCACCACCACCACCCCCGUGCCCUGUGCGCUGAGUCCAGCCACAACCAUGUGCUGACAUCACAACUUGGUACCUCUCCUGAUACAUCUAAGGGAGUUUGAUUGACCUCGCUUCUUCAAGACGUGAUGUGCCUUGCUGCCUUGGCCUGCUUCCUGUCAUCUGCAGCUGCCCAUGGCUAGUUCUGCCAUCCAAAUGCCUGCUUGGGGUAGGGCAGCGAAGAGAGUGCCAAGGUGUGUCAGGGAGUUGUGGAAGCUGGCUGGCAUUCUCUUUUGGGCCCCCGCCACUGCUGGUAGCACAGCACAAAGUCCUCUGGGUCUUCCCUGCCUUGUGUUUCUGCUCUGCUCAAAAUCACAGCCUCCCAAGUCUCCUUUUCGUUUAACAGCACAAGCGUUGGGGCUUCAGUUACACACAAGGGCUUGCGGACUCAGGUUUAGCUGCUUGCAGAGGUGCGUUUGCCACCCCCGUCGGCAGGAAUUCCACAAGUUAAAUUUUGCUGGAGACACGUCAGAGCAUAAAGAUGCUGCUGCUUUAAAUAAAAAGUGCUUCACAGAGGCCCUGCCUGCCUCAGUCAUGGUUCCUGUGCGCCAGGCUGGGCAUCCUUGGCCUGUUUUGCCAUGGGCUUGCAAGCCUUGCUCCUUUGUUGUAUUGAAAUAUGCCCCCCCUUCUCCACAUGGCUCCUGUAAAGAGUUGCUUUUAUGAACAACAACAACAAAAAAUCAACCAUCGAGAAUUCCCUUUUCCCUCUCCCCUUUCUAUGUAACUGCUUCAGAACUUUUUUCCCACUGCCUAAAAGGGAAACAUAAAUUCUCUCUCGGCACAGUUAAAACAUUCUGUAGAUCAUAUCACAUUUUUCUCUUCCUAAAUGAUUUCUUUUAUAAACAUCUUAAUAUAUUUGUACAUAUAUAUAAAUUUUAUUUAACAAACCACUUGAUUAUGCGUAUUAAGAAGGAGGGCUUGGCAAGGAUUUAAAAAAAAAAAAAGGGAAGCCAGAAACUUAUAAAGAACAGUUGAGAGAACUGUUUUAAAAAAUAAUAAUAAUGGAAUUAUUUUUUAAGCCCUAAGAAUUGUCUUUUGGGAAGCAGCAAGGUAUCUUUAUGAGUGUGUGUGUAUUAAAAAGCUGCCAAUUUUUAACCAGUCCUUUGUAAAGACAUAUGUUCCCUCGAUGCUUGCUACUAUGCCCUGAUCUUUGAAGACAGCCCUCCGAGGAGAAAUCAAUUUUUCUUUUUUAUUACCCCACUCCCCCAAAUUACUAAAGUUCCCAACCUUAAGACCCUCAUGGUUCUGUAUGAAGUUUCUAGACCACAUGCUUGCUCUGUACUGAACUUUCCCGUUUUCCUAACCCAUGGAAUCCUUCUAGAUUUCCCUCCUCUCACACUCCUCCCAACCAGUUUCUCCUGAGUUUUAACGCAAACAUCAUACCAUCACCCUUUGAACUGCAGCCAUUGUGGUUUGCCUUUUUAUCGUUGAUGGUUUUAGAUUCGUCGUCCUGCCUUGCACGGUGCGUCAUUUCCUGUCAUUUCCCGUUGUCCCCUUUCCCAUUCCCACCCCCACCCCUAACUGUACGAAUUUGGAGUUGAAAGACUCUCUUUCUGGACUUUGGUAAAAGUCUGGCUAUAGGUCUGUGUUUAGUUUUUUUGGUGGGGGGAGAAACCAGCGCAGGAAAUGAACGUGUUGCGCAAGAGGUCUUGAAUUGGGUCCAUAUAAAACAAAAAUGAACUUCUGCGGGCUGAUUGACUCUCAAGACUCCUCCCCUGCCCUCUGUUUUACAUAUGCAGAUUUUUUUUCUUUUUGCCCCCCACCAUAUUUCCUCCCCUCAUUUUCCUUCCCUGUAAGAAGCUCCAGUGGAAAUGGAAAGAUGCUCCGUAUCUUAAGAAAGGCCUGAUUGCUUUUCGGAGGACUAUUUGUAACAGCUAACUUGGUUGUUUGUUUUCAAUAAAAGGAGCCCUAGAUCUGG